AUGCAGGAUCUCAAUGGUCCCGUGGGUCAGUCCGGACCGAGCGCGGGUCCGGUAGGCCGUUACCCCGGACAUGCUUCGAAGCCCUCCAACAGUGACACCGGCUUCUCUCAUGGCGCCUUCACCUCGAACAUCUCCGGCUUUGCUGACAGGCACCCUCGGCGUGGAAACAUUCCUUCUAUCAACACCCAGCCAAUUGCUGCUCCUCAGCCUCCCACCAAUGGCCCAGACAUGACUACUCCCGGUACUGCCUUUGACAUGCAGUUCACCCCUCUUCUGCCAUCUCAGCUGCUCUUGGGCAGCCCUUUCCAGCCUGGAACGCCAGCUGCUUUUGCCAGCCCACAGUUCCAGAAUCUGUCUGGCUUUCAACAUGCUCAACAGCAGAGUGCGCAGCAGCAGAAUGGCAUUGGAAGCCCGGUGCAGCAGAACAUGUCACCUCAGGCUUACCAGGCCAUCGUCUCGCCCUCUACUUAUGGUGCCCCCCAAUUUUACUCUCCGCAGUCCCCUACUGCCGGGUACGGCAACAUGGGUGGCCAGGUAGCUAUGCAAAUGCAGCCUGGAUCCCCGGUCCAGAUGUCUCCUGGUGUGGUCAGCGGCACGAGCCGUACAGUCUACCUAGGUAACAUCCCUCAGGAUACAUCUGCUGAGGAGAUCCUCGGCCACGUCCGCAGCGGACAGAUUGAGUCGGUUCGCCUGCUGCCCGACAAGAACUGCGCCUUCAUCUCUUUCCUGGACGCGAGUUCGGCGACCCAUUUCCACUCUGAUGCCAUCUUGAAAAAGCUCUGCAUCAAGGGCCAGGAUAUCAAGGUUGGUUGGGGCAAGCCCUCCCAAGUACCGACAUCAGUCGCAUUGGCGGUUCAGCAGUCUGGUGCUUCUAGGAACGUAUAUCUGGGCAAUCUGCCCGAGGAUAUCACGGAAGAGGAGCUGCGUGAGGACCUUGGGAAAUUUGGCGCCAUUGACACAGUGAAAAUUGUCCGGGAGAAAAAUAUCGCGUUCAUUCACUUCCUGUCUAUUGCCAAUGCGAUCAAGGCUGUCUCCCAGCUUCCCCAGGAGCCGAAGUGGCAAACUCCUAGACGUGUGUACUAUGGCAAGGAUCGAUGUGCCUAUGUUUCCAAGACACAGCAGCAAAACGCUGCCCAAUACCUUGGAAUUGCUCCCGGCUAUGCUCACAUGCUGACCGGUGCUGAUCGUGAUCUCAUUUCCAGUGCCUUGGCCCAGCAAUCUGUGGCUGCUGCUGCUGUGGCCACUACUGCUGGUGGAAUCAACAACCUUGGUAACCGAACGAUCUACCUCGGAAACAUUCACCCCGAGACGACCAUUGAGGAGAUCUGCAAUGUGGUUCGUGGUGGGCUCUUGCACCAUAUCCGUUACAUCCCGGACAAGCAUAUCUGCUUCGUGACGUUCAUUGAUCCCACCGCAGCCGCAUCGUUCUAUGCUCUCAGCAAUCUCCAGGGCCUCAUGAUUCAUAACAGACGGUUGAAGAUUGGCUGGGGAAAGCAUUCUGGCGCUCUUCCCCCAGCGAUCGCUCUAGCUGUUAGUGGCGGUGCCUCUCGAAAUGUAUAUAUUGGUAACCUGGAUGAGACGUGGACCGAGGAGAGACUUCGACAGGACUUCUCUGAGUUUGGCGAGAUCGAGCUUGUCAAUACUCUGCGUGAGAAGAGCUGUGCCUUUGUCAACUUCACGAACAUUGCCAAUGCCAUCAAGGCGAUCGAGGCUAUCCGAAGCAAAGAUGAGUACAAGAAAUUCAAGGUGAACUUUGGUAAAGAUCGUUGUGGAAACCCUCCGAGACAGUUGUCGCAACAGGCUCAACAGUCGCCUCGAACUGAGACUGUUCCAUCCCCGCCGCCUCAGGGUAGCCAGAAUGGUGGAUCACCGACAAAUGGCCAAACACCAACGCAACCUGCAUUGUUCAAUAGCAACAGCAACCCGUUGACGAUGUACCUGAACCAUGUCUCUGCGCAGGCUCAACAGCAUCAUCACCAGCAGCAUCAGGUUCUUGCAGCUCAGCAGGCCGCCCUCUUCGGAACGGCUGCCUCAUCGCCAAAUGAGCUGACUCUGGAGGUUCCGCAAGGCCCUAUCUCUGGCCACGGCCAGUCUGCCAGCAUCUCUAACGGAUAUGCAACUCAGAAUUCCGCAUCUGGUGCUACCACGAUCGGCGGGCUUCUUGCGCCAGGCCCACGUGGCCAGCACAACCGAGCUGUGAGCUUGCCGGUGCUAGCUCCUGGUUUCGAGAAUGGGGGAACAAGCCCGAACAGCGUUCCGGGUAGCAACGGUGGCAGCGAUGGUGAGCGAAGAGGUCACCAGUACCAGGCCAGCUUUGGCGGGAUCGGCAGCGGACUUGGUCUUGCCAUCCAUGGCGGUUUGAAUGGUUGGGUUGAGGAAGAGGUGGCCAAUUGA